CCUUAGCCAAGGCCCAAAGUUGCAGCUUACUGCCGGCUCCUCCUCCGUCAACAUCGCUUCCGCCGUAGUCAGAUUCUCCUCCGUCCGUCGCAUCGAACUCAACAAAGCAGAUCUAACAUAGCCUUUAUCAAUAGGUUGAGCGAUCGCUGCAAAGCCAUUGUUAUUGUUUCUUUCAGGCUCCAGGGCUCGCUAUCACCAAAAGGUAUAUUUAUCACUUUCCCUCAUCCACCAGAUGUAGUCUGAAUAGUGAAUUGCGAGCUAAUGAUGUCUUCCCCGCAAAGUCGUUUACUUUGAGCUGCCAUGUCUUGUGGAUUGAUCAAAGUCUGAAGCUUUGGGGCAACUUGUAUUUUGGGUGUCUCUCUUUCCUUUAAGCGGCCAUGACAUGAGCUUCGAUUACCCUGAUUAUGUUGCAUCACCUUGUAUUAAUAGUUUAAUACAAUAAUGUGCACAACAUCUGGACUGCAAGAUCAUGAAAUUGGGGAAGGAAACUAACUAUUAGAGAAGCAGAUCCGGCUACAGGCUGUUCCUGGCCUGUUCUAUCUAUGCAUCGUUCCAGUGAAUGGCUUGCGAGAAAGGAGUAUCUGCGAGGGUUUGAGAUUGUGCAUGCAUCUCUACCUUGAUCUUGUCCAAGCUUGGGUUUCCUGGCUGCAAGGUCUCAGGACAUUUGACAACUUUGGAUGGCUGCUACUGAAGGGGAGGAGCACGAUCCAGGGAGGGAUGAGCUUGCUGACUCCCUCAAUGAUCUCUUCAUUAGCAUCUGCUCUAUGGUGAAAGGAGAGCUGCAGGGGACGAAUAAUUCUCUAGCACUUCUCGAGAAGUUGAACCUAAGAGUAGCUGAAGAGUACGAGAGCUUUGGAGAUCUGGCUUCGGGCCUGAAAGUUUUCGUCGAGCAGUUGAAGACUAAAAGCGGCAGCUUUGAUAUGUAUGUUCAACAGAUUGAUGCAAUAGAGCAGCAGGUGACUGAGUUUGAAGCUGUGAUCUCUAUGCUUGACAAAUACGUUUCUUUGUUAGAAUCCAAAGUGCAAUCUGUGUACCAGCAACAUCAUCCACCCUCUUAAGUCACCUAAAUUCUGUUUUCUGCUGUCAUUCUUUCAAUUUGUUCAAUUGAGCAGCAGCUAUUGCUCCCAGCACUACUACCAGUACUGCAACUCCGACGUUGCAAAAUCGAAUCGAUCAUGCUUCGAACUGUAACAUUCGGCAGAAAAUCACCCUCGUCGGCAUUCCUCGCCCCACAAGCACACGACUUGGAACUCUUCACAUGGUCACUGAUGCAGCCCUUACAGUAGCUCCGGAAACAGCAACUCUUCACGAACACUGCCUCUCUCAUUAUCCCUCUGCAUAAUGGGCAGUUAAGCUCCGCCGGCACACCCACCGUCGUCAAACCACUGCUCUUGCUGCCGCUGCUGCUGGUUGUUGUUGUCACGCUGGAAAACGAGGAGAUCCCUUCCAUUUGCCUGUUGAACUCGCUCUCGGCGGCUGCACUGGGAGCUGUCGGCAUUGGCCGCAUUCUCUUCCGGAGAUCGUAACUGGGAUCGCCGUUGGUCGGACAGUCCUGAAUGAAGUGGCCCUUUAUCCCACACCGGUGGCAGACGUAGCCGGUGGGAGGAGGCUGAGUAGAGUAAGGCGCUUUUCUCUUCCCCGUCGUAGUCAGAGUCGCCGCCGUCCACUUUGCCAGAGCAGGAGUAUUCACCAAAGCCUUGAUCCUGCUCUCCUCGUCUUUGUCAACUGCGGCAGGAGCAAUAUUACUCUUCUUCUGGGCAGCAAUAUUGUUCUUCUUCUUCUUCUUCUCUGUCGACGGCUUUGUCACUUGGGAAGGAAUAGCGUAGACAUCACCGCCAAAAUCAUCGAAGUCGAGAUCUUCGAUUCCACUGUUCGUCGUCGUCAUUACCGAAUCCGAAGCAGAGAGAGACUUGGUUUCUUGUUCUGCUGACUUUACUUCCUCCACCGCCGGCCGGAGAUCAAUCGUCGUCGUGUUGAGAGGUUGACGGCGGCGGUCUCCUGGGAUCCGCCGGAGUAAAACCGACGCUUUGUCGAAGAUCAGCGCGCUUUCGUCGGAGUAAGGGGUAUUGGUUUGGGGAUCAAUGAUGGAGAGAUCGUGAUCCGUACCCAAACAGCAACCGUUCCAGACACUGUUACGGCGCCUGGUUUCCUGCUGCGAUUUGGAUUUCGGAUCAGCAGAUCGAUCUUUGAAAUUGGCUUUGAAAAUCGCCAGUUUCAGAUCCCCGACGGUUACGUAAGGCCCCUGUAUUUGGAUCUCGGAAAAAUCCCUAGAACUCAGAAAUUUGUACCGCACCGUCGUAGUCAUCGUCGCCGCCAUUAUUUUAGGGUUUCCUUUUUUCACUCUCUAAACCAGAUUAUGCAGAAAUUAAAAUCAAGCUUUGGAACGAAGGUAUAGCGGAAAACACAGAGAACCAGAGACAGGUGUAAAUGAAUGAACGAAGAAUAAACAGGCGAUCGGAAACAAUGGCGAGAAUCUUUCGUUCAAGAGAUCAAUAAUAAUGAAAGUAAUCGAAGAGACGGACAAUUUACUUUCGACAAUCGGAGAAACGGGAAAUAACAAUUGUAAGCAAUUCUGUUGCGAACUCAGAGCAAUUACAAUUUAUUUUCAGAUCUCAAACUUUGAAUCUCGGAAGCGCCGGGGAUAUUGAUCUCCGUUGGGCUCCGAACGGCUUCUGAUCUUCUAUUGCCUUGCUUCAAGUCAACGUCGACGUCGCCGUUGGCUACCUCCGAUGAGAGAAACAGGAAGAACGCCGAUUGGGAGUGGAUCAGUUUCGCCGGAUCGAGACUGGGUAUGGUGAAAGAACUCGGCGGAAGUUUCUGGUAUUUAAAUAGAUGAACUGAUGAAGGCUGAGUCGGUUGGCUGGCCGAGUCUGACGCGGUUGCGUAACAAGGAAGCCAAACGAGGUUAGCCGUGGUCUCCCUGGAUUAGUAGCGG